AUGGCGCCAGUCAACUCCCACUCGCGCCCACGGGCCAUAGGAUCUCCGGCUAAGAUCUUCCCUUUGAAAGGCGACCAGUCAAUCGGACCUCCUGUUCUCAGCGGCGGUCGCAAGAUGCGCCGUAUUGACAAAACAAACUCAGAGGCAUGGGGGCCGGCAACCUUCGCUAACCGACGUGCAAGCCUGGAACGGGUCACCGAUAAGAACGAGGACCUGAUCCGUACCUUCCAUCCAGCCUUUCGCUCCGAGCCAGAAGUCUUUGCCCUGACACAGAAGCACUCUGGCCAUCAAGUCUGGCUGAUAUUUCCACGAAUGGGAGACAGCAUCCCCUUCUGUCUAGUGGGUGGACGACCGCUUCACACCCAGCCCUUCUUCGAGACUCCUGCAGACUACGACACCAAGUAUUCAACCCAAAUGGCCGAUCCUUUGCUCCGGAACAUUGAUGUGCGAGAACAGCUCACCACGGAGGAUCUUACUCGAAUCAAGUCGGCUCUCCCUAAAGCAAGCGGAAUUCAGAUCUUCCAAUGCGAAUGUGUGAUCGUUUUCUUUGAGACCAGAGAGGAUAUGCUGCUUGCAUGGGAGGCUGGCACUCCAUCAACAAUCGGAGGGCUUAUGGUGGGUUAUCGAUGCUAG